CUGGGCGCAACUGUCCCGACGGAGUGACGAGGGUUCAGUUUGUUCCUUGCAUUUGAUACGCGAGCAUCCCCGUGUCAGAGGUACGGUAACGUAAACGGUUUGCUUCACCGUCCCGCACGGUGUGGAAGUGAAUAGGAAUCCUGGGCAGAACGCUGCGCCUGUGGUCGGUGAAAUGUUGAUUGGCAAUCAGCGAUGUGCACGGUGUUGCAUGAACGGCUAACAUUUAUGCAAUCAAUAGCCAAGUGAUCGAUGCACGUGCGCCCCCGCUUGGCACCGCUGCAGGGUGAAGCUGGAUGCCCCCCCACCCCCCCCUCGAGUGUACGGUAUCAUCUGGUGGGAAAAUUGUCGAUACCGAUCGAUGCUGCACGCCGAAUCAGUGUCCGUUGUGAUGUUGUCUGAUUGUAGUGUAUAAUUGAAUGAAAAGCGUUAGUGUGUGUGUGUAUUAGUGUUUCAUCAAUCGAAAGAGACGGAUGGCUUCACGUUCCGGGCGGCGGUCUAAAUAAACUGUUGAUUUUUCCAAGCAAGGCGUGCCACGUUCAUAACUGCUGAAGAACAGUUCCGUGAGCAGGAGGUGGAGGAAUAAAAAAAAACAUUCAUCCUUCCCCGCAAGUGUCGAUCGCCAUUGGCCGCAUCGUUUAUUGCUACCGAAAGGACGACGGAACAGUCACGUGCGCGUACUUUCCUAUCUGCUUCCUCCAGCAAGCGCGGCGCGGGCACAAACAAAAAUCGGCAAAAGAGUGUAGCUGAUAAUUGCAUUUUAAUUAUCCCGUUCCUGCUUUCCACGCCGGAUUAUCCUCAAAGCGUCGGUUUAGCUUGACAGCGAGCGAGCGCGCGUCGUAGUGUGCGUUACGUACAGGAACGAUCACGGGUCGAUUGAAGAGCGUCUAAUUGAUAUCGAACCGCCGCGAACCGGCGCUUCCGUGAACAGGUUGCGGUGAAGCUGAUGAUGGUGAUGAUGAUCGUGGCAGAUGGUAGUGGUGGUGAUACCGGUGACGAAAGGUAAUCGUUGCGUGAGGAAGUCAUUUGGUCGACCGAUUCAUUAGGAAGCCAUAAAAUGAAGCGUUUCUGCCGGCUGACGAAAAUAGUUGGUUGGAGCGUGUGAGACCUGGUGCUAGAGUGUGUUGGUGAAGGUGGAAGUGGAAGGUGUUGUUUUUACGUGCGUAACCGGGGUGGAAUCGAUAAGCAGGCAAAAUAAGAAGUGUUUGAUUAAUUCUGCGGAACGGGGCAAGUUCUCAAACGUAGCUUCAGUGUGGGUGCUAGCCGGUGAAAGUGUUGUGAAAAUCCCAAUUCUUGAAACUUUGUGCAAACUGUGCAAGGAGUAACUUUUAUUGACGCACCGACGACGACGACGACGGUGGUUCGUCAGCGGAUUCUUUCUGACAGCGCUUGACAGCGUGGCAGCGCUACUAGGCCCGUGGAGCAGCAGUUGGUUAUUGAACGGAUAGGAAGAAAACAAAAAAUUGCUCUCCCUCUGCCGCAUAGGAAGCAGUGCCAUCAAGACACUUCGGUGUGGCCAUUUGCCGACGGACUCGAGAGAUCGCGAUGACUGCACUAAAUACCGUCCGGUGGUAUCAAGCACAUCCGGCUACAGCUAUUAGUAGAAUGGCCGCACACAGCAGGAACGGUGGCGGUGGUGGCAGUGGCAAAAACAGCAUCAACACCAACAGCGGCUGUAGCAACGAUGCUGCUGCUACUAGCGCUGCCUCCGAUUCGGCGAAGCGCACUGUCCGACCCAUCGUCACCGCAAACUGCGCCGGCAACAAUGCUAUCACGGCGGUGGCCAACAGCAACCAUCGAAGUCAACGAGGCGUAGUUAAUUGCUUUCUACGAUUUAUUUUCCUUCGCAACAUGUUCAUCCUCCUCAUCGUUGUCAGCAGCCUGCUAGUGUCAACGACAGAUGCGGUCAUCUCCAGUCGUGGGAGUAGCAGCAACAGUAAGACCAGCUCCUUACCAAACAAUGGACUAGUGCCCCGUUUUAUAUCACGAGGCCACACAUACCGAGCAGUGGUAGGCGACACACUGGUGCUUCCCUGUGAGGUGGAAAACUUAGGAACGCUCGUUCUGCUGUGGCGACGGGGCUCGAAUGUGCUUACCGCCUCGCAACUGAUGGUUACCCGCGACGAGCGGAUACGGCUUGUCAACGGGUAUAAUCUGGAGAUUUCCGAACUGGAACCGCAAGACGCCGGUGACUACGUCUGUCAGAUCAGCGACAAGGUCAACAAGGACCAGGUGCACACGGUGGAAAUUCUCGUGCCACCGAGCGUCCGAGCCAUCCCACCAACCGGCCAGGUGACGGCACGCAAAGGAGGUGCCGUAACGCUCGAAUGCAAAGCGUCCGGUAAUCCGGUACCAUCCAUCUACUGGACAAAGCGCCAGAGUGGAACGGGAAAAUCGGUUGCCAAGAUCGGCGAAGGACCGGUGCUCUCGCUGGAACGUGUCGAACGUCAGCAGGCCGGUGUGUACCAGUGCACCGCGGACAACAGCGUCGGCGAUCCGGUCACCGUGGACAUGCGGCUAGAUGUGUUGUAUCCGCCCGAUAUCAGCGUGGAAAAGUCGUGGAUUCAUUCCGGCGAAGGAUUUGAGGCCCAGCUCGAGUGUAUCGUGCACGCCGAUCCGCAACCGACGGUCUCGUGGAAUCAGAACUCUUUUCCGCUGCAGCCAACCGAUCGGCGUACGAUGUCGUCCAGAGGAAAUCGGCACACGCUCACCAUUCGCCAUGUGCAGCAGGAAGACUUUGGCAACUACAGCUGCGUGGCUGACAACUCAUUGGGUCGGUCCAAGAAGUACAUGGAAGUUUCGGGACGUCCAGGGCCGGCCGAUUUCCUGUCGCCACCGUGGAGCCGCUCGACCGACAGCUUUAAUUUGACCUGGAAAGUGGAAAGCUAUCCACCGCUGCAGGAGGUCCGAUUGCUCUACCGGAAACUGAUGAUGAACGAAACCUUCCAGCAGCCGGGCCGAUGGCACGAUGUCAUCCUAACGCCUGCCCCACGACCCCCAUCAGAACCGUUGACACACGUCAUGGCGUUUACGUUGCGCGGCCUGCAGCACAGCUCCGUGUACGAAGCGAUCGUGCAGGCGAAAAAUCGCUACGGCUGGAACGAGGUAAGCGACAUCUUCCAGUUCUACACGCAGCGAAUAUCGUCCGACAUACACUCGGAGGAGAUGCAGGUGGCCAGCUCCACGUCGCGCUCCGGAGCCACCUCCCUACACCGAACCGCACCGAAAUCAUCGGCUUGGAGCGUGGUGCUGCUGACGACGCUGCUGCCCAUACUGCCCUGGCUAGUGGCUCCGUUCGGUGCACUGCUACACGGCGGCACGCUUUUCGAUCGCUCGAAGCUCAUCAUCUAAGGAUUGGCCCACCAUCCAUUUCGACGGCCGCUCGUUCGUGUGGCACACCUAGACGCAAACCGUAUAGUGAUAGUAGGCUCCUCUUUCGUUUCCCCCAUCAUAUGUGCAACUGGAGCUAUGGGACAGAUUUUUGAUUUUUAGUUCUGCUGGGUUCUGGCGGUAUUACACAACAGCAGCUAGAAAAUGGCCCUAGCGUGAUUAAACAAUCCCACCCCGGUGCUGUGACGCAAAGCAAGAACAACAACAACAAAACUCUAGCCGGUUUCCGAUGGAUUACGCGGUUCAGGUUUAGGUCGUUUCCCAUUAUCUUCCGCUUGAACUUCAAUCAGUGUGGCGCACGAGGAGAUCCUGCGGGGCGAAAACUCAAUCUUGAUUAUUAUAGACGACGAACCCAACCCAGCCAUACACCAGCAGUUCAAUAGAUUCAAGGAUAACACACACACAGAUACAUUAGCGAUAAUUCAAAACGGUAGAAGAAGCGACCCUGCGCGCGAGGUCACAAAGGACUGUACUUUGAUAAUUCAUCUCAAAAAGAAAUUGCUCUCGUACACUGCGAAAGUGGUAGAGAAAGCAGUAGGGAAGCAGAACGUCAACAGAAGAACGUCAACAGCAACAAAAACCCAUACAUAUAUGCCAAAGAGACGACUCGAUGCACACCAUCCCCCUUUUACCACCUAGACACAUUGCCCGUUGUUUCAUCAUGCGCUUUUGAACUAGCGAUUCCUCCGACGAGGGCCACCAAUUUACUCCGGUCGCCUCCGUCAACCCUCUGUAUAGGUGUAUAUGUGUGAAACUUAAGCGAAAUUGCGAGACGCGGAUUGCUCACAACACUAGAUAUUAGCAAACUCAUCACUAUUAACCGCCACCGCGGAACGUCGCUUGCUGCAGCUAAGCGUAGGCCCCCUAACGCUCGUGUACAUACGCAUUGGUCCGCAGGAAAUCGUGCAUUGUCGCUAAUUUGCCGUCAAACACCUUGAAACACCGGGAGCGGGGGACACACGUCAGCCACUCGAGUGCGUCUGUCACUCGGGAGCGUCCGCGGGCUGACGUGACAGGCAAAUCGGUACCAAACUUUUCCCCUCGGUGAUCCAUCCAGCACCGGGGGCAGGAUCAUCGCGGCAAUUGGCUGGCAACGGCAUACAAAGUUGUACGUACGUUGUGCGCGAAUGCUUCUCGGGUUUUCGGGCAUCAUUACUAAUUCAACAAGAGAAAGUCAACCAAAUCGCACCGGUAAGCCUGUGGAACUCCGUGGAUUGGUGUGAUGGAAAAUGACGACGACGAUGCUUUAUGAAUGUCUGCGGAUCUGCGGUGCGGCCUAUUGAAGCCGGAAAAUGACAUUUGAAGCCCGGCUUCCCGUCCGCUGGAACGAUGAAGGUAGGGGAGGAGAAGGGGAAGGGAGGAAUGGCAGAACCGUAAGUUGUGUGCGCUAAUAUUUAGAUAAAGUCUUAAGCAAAUUAAAAUCAAUUCGGGCACGGGCGCUGGGCGACAGAGUACGGCUGCUAGGUUCUGGGCAUGUGCCCAUCUUACCACAGCCUGUCACUGUCACUGUUAUCCUUCGCUUCCCCCUCCCAUCCCAUCCUUUCCCUCUUCACCCUCUUCAUGGGAGGGUGGGUGGGAAAAUUUUGCCCGAGUACCCCAACGGUACUCGGUGGUUUACUUAUGCCCCCCCCCCCCCCCCCCCCCGCUGCACGGUUCUUGCGACUUGCUGGCGGUGUGUGUGUGAACGCCGGCAGAUGGCACCGGUUGGGAGCGAAGUCUUUUGUAAAUAAAUUUUAACCAUUGUUUUGAUUAUCAAAAAGUCAACUUGUAGCAAAAUUGGCUAAACGACUUUCAUGCUCCCGUACACCCGGAGCCCCAAGCCGUCCGCUGCGAACACUUAGGCUCCCCCGUUGCACCCCCCGGGGGCAUCACACCACCGUCCGCACGCAAACCCCGUGUCAGCGAACCGGCCCAGAAAUGUUUCAAUAAUGAGGUUUGAUGAAGUUAUUACACCGUAGGCAGGACAGAGCCGGCCGGCCGGCAUCAUGGACGGCAGUGGAGGGGCAAAACUUUUCGAACGUCCAAUCGUCGCAUUCUUUCCGCUCCCUUUGGCUUGUACGCGACCGAUCACCGUCGCUCGUUUGCCCGGGCCGGGAGGAAAGAAUCAAUUAAAAUAUGAAAACAAACAAACACUGCGCUGACAUCGAGUGCAGUACUUGGGGGGGGGGGGGGUGCCUGCCUGUUUAUGCUACUGUCCCCUUCACCACAAAAGCACUCGGGGCACAAGUACACACGACGCUUUCAUACACCCACCUUCGCUUCUGCACCGAGCCGGUCUCUACUCGAUUUACUCGGCAACGCAAGUAUGACGUGCUAGGGACGUGCAAACCGGGCACAGUCCGGGAGCACGACGCUAUUGCUAUUGAAACCGAGUUUACCUAACGACCACAGAAGCUGCUUUUCCACCCCAUGCUUUGUUGGUACAAAAUUAGGAAAAUUUACCAAACUUUCCCCCGUGGGCUCGCACGCUCACUGUCCACCGCUUUUCCAGCAGCAGCAGCAGCACCAGGAACGGCAGGACUUUGGCUGGGUUCUGUUUCCUUGAAAUUGUUUGCCCAAGCUGGAGAUUGAAUUUCCGCGGUUUUAAUAUGCGUGCUCGUUGCUGUGAGCCAGUUGCAUGUGUGUGUGUGUGUGCGUUUUUUGGCGAAAGAAAAGCUCAGCAAACAACCACUUGCCUGAAACUACCGAGAACACCGCGUAAUGUGACGGCUGCCGGAACACACACUUUUCUGUCCUCCGAUGAUGGGUUGCCCGGAGUUUCGAUUCGAUGGCGCAAUGGGUCCCAUUUUGAUGGAAUAAGAUUAGGCGUAGAUUGUUUUUUCGCCGUUGUGCUUGUGGUGAUUUUUUUUUUUGUUCUCACCCGUCCAAACCACUUCAUUCUGUCCGGUACGGUUCACUUUUGUUUUUUUUUUUGUGGACGAAAAGAGGCUUCCCAAGAGGGAAAUGGAACGGGGUAAAGGGAUGGAUGGGAUCUGUUUUAUCUUCUUGCUUCGCAUUCUUUUAUGUGGUUUUACACUUUUAUCCACUUGGAACCCAUUUCCGGAUCAUUCUUUGCGAAAAGUUCGCAAAAUGUUGAGGUUUGAGGGCUUUUCCAGGGACUUUUUUUUCACUCCGCUCUACCCUUCUGCUUUCUUUUUGCAACGCGCCCGAGCGUGUGUGUGUGUGUGGAUUUGGGUUCCCAUUUUCAUUCUCCACAAUCCGAACUGCUUUCCCCUCUUUCCACCUUCCCCUCCCCUAUAGAGAGAGAGAGAGAAGGCGGCUUUGAUCGUCCCGAAUUCAACACGUCAAUGUGUCUGUGGUGUUAAAAGUUUUCGGUUGGUCUAUAAAACUUCCGCUCCCGAUAUUAUCUUGCCCGCAUGGCUCGACCGACAUCCGGCUGGGUGUCGGUGGGACACUUGCGCCCCACCACUUGCACCCGGACGCACCCGGAUGCGGAACACAUGCCAAGAAAAGGCUUGGGCAAUCCUUUCCUGCGAGGUUCGCGGCGGUGGAAAGCGCCCGGAAUAUGGAAGACACGCGAGCACGUUGUCACAGCCUUUCGAGUGACAUUCAUUCAUUCGAAGAACACAAUCGCAAUCCAGCAGCGGGAAUGAAAAAAAAAACCCCACGGACGGAUCCACAUUAAAGAAUGAGACUAAGGCAAAAAAAAAAGAAACCUGGCGAACAAAAAGCAAAGGAAAUAUGCAGUCGGCACUUUUGAUGCACUCAAGCGUGAAUAAGCCUGCAGCCAUGAUGAAUGGCUGGCGGUACUUUUAGACGCGCCAACUUUUCGUCCUUCCUUGGUGUCCUUUUUUUAUUUCGCUCAGUCUCUCGCUGCCAACUCCCCCAUCCCACUGCAUCCCUCAAGUUGCUCUGCAGAACGUGCAGUAUUUAAACUCGGUAAAAAAUUGUUGAACCUCUCUCUUACGUACUGUUUCUUCUGCCGGGCAAACCCAAGACUACCCAAGCUCCCGGGGCGGCUCAAUCACAAGGAAUAGAUUGUGACAACCAAAAAAAAAAGCAAGAGAAAAGCGAAAAGGGUCGGUGAAUCAUGAAACAAACACAAAAAAAGGGAAAAAGUUGGUCUAAUUCCCGUCCAACCAAGUGACGUACGUUCUGGCCACGUUCCACCGUUGCUCCUCCGAAGACUUCUUCAUCAAACCCAUCAAAGCCAAACAUUUCCCAUCCCGUGUGCUUUAGUAGGGGCAAUGCUUGUAAUGUACAUUUCUAGCGAAAACCAGCAGCACAUUUCACUGUAAACGGCGUGUUAGUUAAAGCUCGCUAGGAGUCACACUUUCAUUCGGUGCGUCACCGUAACGCAUCGUCACUUGUAAAUAGCACGUUAACAUAUAACUUUAAAAGAAGAAGAAGAAGCAGAAACCCAAACAACAUAAACUACACAAAUUACUUUCUGGCACCGAUAGACGUAAGUAAUGCUCACGUACAUAUAGACACACACAAAAAGAAAAGAAAAAGACGCGAGCGCAAUAGUGAUAAGUACAGUCUCUCUAUCUCUCGGUGGUAGCAUACGAAUGGCCAGAUACAUUCAAAAACUCUUAUUUAUAUCUUCUGAUGAUACAUUUUUAAAAGCGACACCAGAGCGAACCGUUAAUGCAUGAUGGCGUGGGGUUGUCAACUGCAACUCCACGCUCCGGAAGCCCUCAAUGCUCAACAAGCUCUGUGCAUAAAACCAACAAAAAACACUGCUCAAAAGUGAGCUGCAGUAACUGGGCAUGGAUGACGGUAGACGGAAAGUAAAAUCCCCCGAAAAAGUAUGCAAAAGCUAACAUCAAACGGUUUUCGGAUGGGUGGGGAUUGAAUGAAGACUUUUUAUAUUUAAAUAUGGAUGUACCUUUGAGCAUGUAAAUCGUAAGCUACUAUAAUAAUAAGUACCCCUACCCCACUACAACUACUACUACAACUAAUGAGACUCCCGGAAGCGGAAGUGGAGAUAGCAAACACCCCCCUAAAACAAAGAACGUAAAGAAAAUAGAAAAUGGAAAAAUUGCCGGCGCUGAACUUAAAAACAAAACCAAACAAAAACUAGCAGCUAACGCAUUGAACAGUGUCUAAAAACCAAAAUCCAACAUCUGCGCAUUGAUCAGCGGUCAAUGCUGGUGAGCGGAGCAAUGGUGAUAGACGUAAACGAACCCAAAAAAAUCCCCCCUUAGAUAAGACCGUACAUAUUUAGCCUUUAACGUAAAAAAACACAAACACACAAAUCGCUACGCUAAAAUCAACAACGUGGAGCGAAAUUGAAAGCAAAUCCACUAAAACACAAAGAUGAAGAUGAAAGUACUUAAAUUGAGGCUAAAACCACAGACAAAAAGGUAAUCACUCUAGUUACAUUGCACGACUGUAAUGGCGCUGGCUAGGUGGGAAAACAGAAAAUUAAGUAAAUUAAAUAUUGACUUUAAUGGUAAACAAAUCCCCCCCUCCCAGUAAACCGUAAGCGUUUGCUACCAGCCAAGAUGAGUGCUGCGGUAGGACAGGUGAGCCUGGGCUAGUCUAGAACGAACACCGGAAGCUGGGCCGAUACAAACGCAUACAAAACCGGGAUGACGAAUGAGGCAAGCAUCAAACAAGAACAUUGGCGCAAACAGAAGAAAACAACGGAGAGGGAUACUAACUCCCAGCCAGCUAGGGGGAAGCUUCUACAGCUGCCCCUUUUAGCGUUAGGUCGAAGGAUCCAGCAUCCUUCCAGUGCUUGAAGCAAAAUCCUGUAUGAUUAUUGUACCAGUCCACAAAUUCGGAAAAUAAAAACCAAAAUUAAUACAAAACCUGA